AUGGCCAGCGCGACCGGCGAAACGGCCGAGAAGACGGUGCCGUCGACGGCAACCGAGAGCGACAACCCGUCGCCACCGGCGCCACGGGGCGACCACGAUGCUCCUCCGGCGGAGGCAAAGGCCCGCCCCGAGCGGACGGCCUCGUUCAACGACUACCUUCGUGUCUUUCGCUAUGCCAAUAAAUGGGACUUUGUCGCUUAUGCCGCCGGCUCUUUGGCGUCUAUAGGGGCCGGCAUCACGCUACCCCUGAUGAACGUGGUCUUUGGCAGGUUUGUCAGUGACUUUACGGGAUUCGAUUCAACUGGCUCCAACUCGUCCCUACAAGACCAGUUUCGAAGCAACCUCAGCCGUCUAUCCUUGUACAUGUUUGGCCUUUUCUUGGGCCGGCUGGUGCUCAACUACAUCAACAAGCUUUGCUUUCGCAUGAUUGGCAUCCGGCUGUCAUCCGCCAUUCGCUUGCAUUACCUUCAACGUCUUUUCGCUCAGAGCAUCCAUGUUCUGGACUCCAUGCCUCCUGGUUACGCGACCAGUACGAUCACGACAACAAGCAACACUCUCCAAUUGGGCAUUUCCGAGAAACUUGGCGUCUUCAUCGAGUUCAUGUCAACCAUCAUUGCUGCCAUCGUUAUUGCCUUUACUUACAGCUGGUCCUUGACCCUUGUUACCUCCUCGUCAAUCCUCUUCAUCCUCAUCACAGUCAGCACAUUGUUGCCCCUGAUCGUGAAGACUCAUGGGCGAAUGACAAAGUCAGAGGGCAAAGCUUCCGCCGUCGCAAGCGAGACCAUGGAUAGCAUUCGAAUGAUUGUGGCUUGUGGUGCGGAGUCGCGCAUCGCCCGGAAGUACGCCACUUUCGUUGAGGAGACCAAGAAGCACGCCCGCUUCAUGAGUCCGUUUGUGGCUCUUCAAUUUGGACUCAUUUUCUUUGCUGUCUUUUCCGCAUUUGCUCUCGCCUUCUGGUAUGGCACCAAGUCCCUGCUAGAAGGCAGAUUAGACAAUGUUGGCACUAUCGUCAUCGUUCUACUCUCCGUGAUGAUGGUCGUUUUCUCUCUGGAGCGCACCUCGAACCCGAUGCUGGCUGUCGGAAAGGCCACGGUGGCUGCCUGCCAAUUCUUUACCGUAAUUGAUGCUCCCUUGCCUGACAAGGGCCAUUUGCGAGACCCCGACGUGUCUGCCACGGAUGACAUCAAGUUCGAAAACGUCACGUUCGCCUAUCCCAGCCGCCCCCACGUCAAAAUUCUGGACAACUUGAACCUCACGAUCGAGUCGGGAAAGCUAACGGCGAUCGUUGGCCCCUCCGGCUCUGGGAAAAGCACAAUAGUUGGAUUGAUCGAGCGGUGGUACACCCUGAAGGAGCAAUAUGCCAUUGAGAAGGCUGUUGAACAGAAGAAGAAAAAGAAGAAGAAGAAGUCGAAGAAGGGCGAACAAGAGGAGGAGGAUGAGGACGACGAGGAGCCUGGCGUAGCCGAGCCUGAGGAGACCGGACCUCCGAUCCAGCUGAGUGGCAGAGUUCUUACCUCUGGCCACUCCGUCGACGAGAUCGAGUUGAAGUGGUGGCGGUCGCAAAUCGGGCUUGUCCAACAGGAACCGUUUCUCUUCAACGAUACCAUCUUCACCAAUGUGGCCAAUGGUCUGAUAGGCUCUCAGUGGGAAAAGGAGUCGGAGGAGAAGAAAAGGGAAUUGGUCAAAGAGGCCUGCAAAGAGGCUUUUGCGGACGAGUUCAUUGACAAGCUGCCGGAUGGCUACAACACAAUUGUGGGCGACGGAGGCGCCAAGUUAUCUGGUGGCCAACGCCAGAGGAUUGCCAUUGCUCGAUCGAUUGUUCGCAAGCCGAAGAUCCUGAUCCUCGAUGAGGCCACGAGCGCGAUAGAUGUCCGCGGCGAGCGCAUAGUACAAGCUGCUCUCGAUCGAGUUGCCCAGAACCGAACUACGAUUACAAUCGCCCACCGUCUAUCAACGAUCAAAAAGGCCGAUCGCAUCGUUGUCUUGAAGAAGGGACAGGUUGUUGAAACCGGGACACACCAGAGCCUCAUGGUUAAGGACGGCGGCGUCUAUGCUGCUCUCGUCAAUGCCCAGGCCCUGUCCCUCGGCGGCCCAACCGAGGCGAGCGAGGAGCACGCCAGCACGGAUGGCGACAAGACUUCGCUCGAGCGCAAGAGAAGUCGCGCUAAGUCCGAGGAACACGCCGCUCGCCCCGAAGAGAAGGAGAAGAACCGAAACAUCUUCGCCAGCUUCGGCCGCUUCUUCUAUGAGUCGAACCAGUACUGGUGGCUCAUGGGGCUUACCAUCUUCUUCUCCGCAUGCGCUGGAGCCGCAAUUCCACUCCAAGCGUGGCUCUUUGCCCAGAUUGUUGUCGUCUUCUCGCCGACAGAAACCGACAUGAAGGGCGAAAGCGAGUUCUGGUCCCUCAUGUGGGUUGUCCUUGCCGUUGGCACCGGCCUGGCCUACUUUGGAUGCUUUCUUGCCUCCACGCAGAUGGCGGCCAUUAUCCGCGCCAAGUAUCAAAAGCAGUACUUUGAGGCUAUUCUGUACCAAAAGACGUCUUUCUUUGACGAGGAAGACCAUUCUCAAGGCACCAUGACGGCCAGAAGCUCGGGAGACCCGCAGAAACUGGAAGAGCUCAUGGGCCCCAACAUGGCCAGCGUUUAUAUCGCGGUCUUUAACCUCGUGGGGUCACUUGCGAUCGCCUUUUCCUUUGGAUGGAAGCUUGCGCUCCUCGCGUGCUGCGUGGUCAUGCCGGUCAGUAUUGCUACCACGUACUGGCGGUUCAAGUACGAGAUUGAGUUCGACAAGAUGAACAACGAGGUCUUUGCCGAGAGCUCCAAGUUUGCGUCAGAAUCAAUUGGAGCAUUCCGGACCGUCGCAUCUCUCACGUCGGAAGAUGCCAUCUGCGAUCGGUUCGAGAAGCUCUGCCGAGGACAUGUUGUCACGGCAUUCAAAAAGGCUCGAUGGGUCAGCUUGCUAUUCGCCUUCUCCGACAGCGUGUCUAUGGCGUGCCAGACUUUGAUCUUUUACUACGGCGGCAAGCUCUUGGCCGACGGCGAGUACACCGCUUUGCAAUUCUUCGUCUGCUUCAUGGCCACGAUCCAGUCUGGUGAGGCUGCGGGUCAGGGCCUCAGCUUUGGUCCGAACGCCGCGCAAGUCACCGCUGCGUCGAACCGUAUUAUUAACAUGAGGGAGUCCCGCCUUCGCGAAACUUAUUCUGAAAAGGAGUCCAUCCCUGACUCUCAGGGGGGCAUGAAGAUUGAGCUGGAAAAUAUGCACUUCUCGUAUCCCACACGAGAUGUUCCGGUUUUCCAGGGGCUCAACCUCACAAUUGAAAAGGGUCAAUUUGCGGCACUGGUCGGGGCUUCUGGCUGCGGUAAGACGAGUAUCAUCUCGUUAUUAGAAAGAUUCUACGAUCUCGACAAGGGCCGGAUUCUUUGCAAUGGCAAGGACAUUAGCCAAAUCAAUGCCUAUGCGUACCGCAAGCAUCUGUCUCUUGUGGCUCAAGAGGCGAAGCUCUUCCAAGGAACCAUAAGAGAGAAUGUCCUCCUCGGCGUCGACGACACUGCCGUCACCGAUGAGCAGCUCCAUCAAGCCUGCCGUGACGCCUCAAUCCACGACUUCAUCGUGUCGCUCCCCGAGGGAUACAACACCAACAUUGGCUCCAAGGGCGUGACUUUGUCGGGAGGGCAGAAGCAGCGUGUCGCUAUUGCGCGUGCGCUCAUCCGUGACCCCGACAUCUUGCUCCUAGACGAGGCCACGAGCUCGCUCGAUUCGGAGAGCGAGAAACUGGUUCAGGCGGCGUUUGAACGCGCAGGCAAGGGCCGCACGAUGGUGGUGGUGGCUCAUCGCCUGGCGACGGUGCAGAACGCAGACGUCAUCUUUGUGCUCGGCGAGGGCAAGCUCCUCGAGAAGGGCAACCACAACGAGCUGUUGAGCAAACGUGGCGUCUAUUGGCAAAUGUGCCAAAGCCAAGCCUUGGAUCGUUGA